AUGCGGCGGGCGCAGGUGCCGGCGCAGCGCGUCGAUGCGGAGUGGGGCUGCCGGUGCGGCGCCACCAACCCCGCGGGCGCGAAGCUGUGCCAGACAGCCGGGUGCGGGACCUGGUUCUGCCUCGGGUGCGGCAGGCUCGGCCACCAGCUCGUGUACUGCAAGGCGACGCGCCAGGCUGCGCCGCAAGCGGUGACGGCGCCGCCGGAGCCUGCGGCAGUGCCUGCGGCAGAGCACGCGGCAGAGCAUGCGGCCGGUGCGGCCGGUGCGGCGCGGGAGAUGCGGUCGGCUGACGGCUCGGCGUGGACUCGGGUCGGGUGUGUGGAGAGGAGUCGGGCGGACCAGGCGCCGGACGAGCCCACUGCUGGAGCGGAGGGUGGUGCGGAGGGUGGUGCGGAGGGUGCCGUGAGCGAGUGGACUCGGGUCGAGUCUGUGGCGGAGGAGGGCGUCCCGCGCCACUACGACUGCCGCAUCGCCGCCAGCGGUGGAAGGGGCUGCGACGAGACCAUCGGAGAGUGCGCCGCCAUCUCGGCCUCGCACUGCAAGCUGCACCUGCGGCUUGGCGGGGGCGGAGAUCAGCCGGCCGGAGAGCGGGCGGUGGAGGUGUGGCUGGAGGACCGCUCGACCAACGGCACAUUCGUCGGCGGCGCCAGGCUCGGAAAGGGCAACACGCGCCGCCUCGUCCCCGGCGAGCGCUUCUCGCUGCUGCACGACGGCCCGUACGCCUUCGAGCUGCGGCUCGGUCCGCCCCGGCCAGACAGCGACCCGUCGGAGGAGCUGCGCAAGCUCAACUUGCCCGACGGAGGGCCGGGCAGGUCCGCCCCGCGAGCCGGCGUCGACGGCUGCUGGCGGUGCGGCUGCUGCGGCAGCGCAAACUACCCCCGCCGCUCGACGUGCUUCCGAUCCGCCUGCGGCUCCUCCCGCGACGCGCGCGGGACCGCCCUGGAGCCGCGCGUGGAGAGCGCGGGCCCGGCGGAGCACGGGGCGCGGCGCAGCAAGCACGAGCGCGUGGCGACCAAGGAGACGGUGCUUCCGGCGGGAGCGGACCCGCUGAACCACGUGCACCCUUCAGCGCGGUACACGCAGCAGAGCUGGUCCGUCCACCAGUACAACCGACUCAACGAGAGCUUGCGCGGCGGCAGCUCCGGCGGUCGCUCCGCUCGAGGAGGGGCGACGCACGGCGCGGAGCUGGCACGCCGGAUGCAAGCUGCGGCGGCGCCACCGCCCCCCGACGCCCCCCUCGAGUCGGUCGACUGGCCGCUCGAGCCGACCGCGCCGACUCUCGGCCGGGAAGCGGGCGGUGCGACGGACGUGCCGAUGCUGCGGCUCUCCGGGCCGGCCCCGACGCUGCGAGGUUUCCGACGGCUGCUGGAGGCGUGCGCGGCUGUCGUCGGCCCGGCGCGCGUGCAUGAGGCAGCGCAGCAGGGUGGGCAGCGCUUGUGGCCCAUCUUUGUCCUCUCGCGCGGCCGGCCGGAGACGGCGCAUCUGCACUGGGUGGUGGCGGUGGUGUCGCCGGAGGAGGAGGCGGAGUAUCGGCGCUGCUGGCCUGGCUCGCUGCUGCUGGCGCUGCCUCAGGCGGGCAGGCCGGUGGGGUACGCUCGGCACGUGCUUAAGCGGGCGCUGCAGUGGCGCACGCCCUUCUUCUGGAUGUGCGACGACAACCUCUCGACGUUUGUGCGCAUCGAGCGCGGGAGCGACGGCCUGGCGCGGAGGCACACGCAAGGCUCGCGCUGCACCACCUCGUGUGCCUUCAUGCACGUGCAGCGGCGCGAGGGCAUCUCGUCCAUCGCUCUCGCGGGCUUCCUCCGCUCCAACGGCACCGAGACGUCCAAGACGUACACCGAAGUACUCGACAACGUCAAGGUGUACAAGUGCUGCCUGCUCAACUCGCUGCAGUGCGCGGGCGUCGAGUACGUCGCGCCGCUCGCCAACUUUGAGGACGUCGCCUUCAACCGCGAGCUGCUGCUGCGCGGCCGGCGGCUGCUCAAGGUGCAGCGCUACGCGUACCGUGCGCACAUGGCGGCGAGCGGGGGCUGCGCCUCGCGACGAGGCGACAGUGCCGGCGGCGAGCUCGUCCACCCUUCGUACCGACACGAGGAGCUGAGCGCCGCGGAUCUCGCCACCGUCGCGAGGCUGGAGGAGUGGUAUUCCGACGGCGCGCUGUACCCGGGCGAGAUCUUGAGCUUUGACGGCGCGUCCCGCUUGUACACGGUGCGGGGCGUCGCGAAGAGGCGGGGCAGCAGCCGGCGCGAGCGGUUCCAGGCAUGCUUCCGGCGCAAGUCGAUUGGCUGCUACACGACGGCGGUCGAGGCGGCUGUGGCGUACGCGCAGCGGGCGGCCGUUACGCAGGCGAUCGACUGGAUGCUCCAGCAGAAUGUGCGGGAGUCCUCUGGCCGCUUCGAAGCGCGGAUCUGCCUAGGCGGCUCGGGACGGCAGAUCGCCAUCGGCCGCUUCGACACGGCAGUGGAGGCGGCGGUGGCGUAUGCGCGGAGGGCAGUGACGAUGGAGGAGGCAGCAGAGGCGGCGGCUGGCGCUGGCUAUCACGACCCCAGCCAGCAGGUCUUGGGGGCCGACGAGCGGCGGCGGCUCGAGGCGACCGUUGGCUACGUGGUAUGCGGCAUCAACGGCUGCUGCCUACAGUAUGGCCACUGCGGCGAGUGCCUCUUUGAGCUCAACGGCCGACGCUGCCGCCAGCGGCCCACCGCGCCGGCCCCGCCGGUGAAGCGGCGCCGCACGUCGGCGGCAGGGCAGCCCUCGACGUCGGACCAGAGCGGGGAUGCGCCGCUGGCAGCCGAGGCUGCUCAGCCGGCACCGGAGCCGCCGCCUGCGGCACCGCGUCUCGCAGACGUGAGCGUGUACGAGCGCGGCGCGGGGUGGCGGAAGCCGGUGGACACGCCCUGCGCGGAGUGCGGCGGGUGCCACGACCCCACGCAGACGCUGCUGUGCGACGGGGACGGCUGCGAUCGCGCGUACCACCUCUCCUGUCUCAAGCCGCCGCUCGAACACGUGCCCGCAGGGAAGUGGCUGUGCCCCGGCUGCACCGAGCGCUGGAACGCGAGCGAGGCGGGCUCGCGCGAGCUGGCGCGCAGCCUGUACGAGCAGGAGAUGCGCGAGGCGCGCAACCUGCGCCGGUAA